AUCAUUUUCCUCCAUUGACACAAUCUCUCUCUCUCUCUCUCUCUCUCUCUCUCUCUCUCUCUCUCUAUCUCUCAUAUCAUUUUUCUUCAUCAACUUCUCCAUUUGCCCCUCUGCGUCCCUGUCGACCUUCGUUAGCAAUGGCGUCGCUGAAGCUUCAUGGCCUCCCCAUGUCGUCAUGCACUACGAGAGUGAUGAUAUGCCUCCACGAGAAGGGCGUCGAGUUCGAGCUCGUCCCCGUCGACCUCUUCACCGCCCAGCACAAGCAGCCUGACUUCCUCUCCAAAAACCCUUUUGGGCAAAUCCCAGUGCUAGAGGAUGGGGACUUGACUAUAUUUGAAUCCCGGGCAGUGACAGAGUACGUCUCGAAGAAGUUCAAGGACCAGGGCACUGAUCUGAUCCGCCAAGAUAGCUUGGAGGAGUCGACCCUGGUGAAGAUCUGGGCCGAGGUGGAGUCCCAGCAGUUCAAUCCGGUGAUAAACCCGAUAAUCUACCAGUUCUUCGUCGCGCCACUACAGGGCAAGUCACUAGACCAGGCCAUCAUUGACGAGAACCUGGAGAAGCUUGGGAAGGUGCUUGACGUGUACGAGGAGAAGCUCGGCAAGACCAAGUACUUGGCCGGGGACUUCUACAGCUUGGCCGAUCUCCACCACAUGCCCUACAUUUUCUACUUCAUGAAGACCCCGUGGGCCCAUGUGGUCAAUGAGAGGCCCAAGGUUAAGGCCUGGUGGGAGGACAUUUCAUCCCGGGAUGCCUUCAAGAAGGUCGCUGAGGGCAUGAAAUUUGGAGAUAACUAAUUAAAUUAGACUAAAUUAAAUUAAAUGGAGGCAAAAAAAUUUAAUUAUGUGAAAGUGAAGUGAGAAUGAGUGACUUUGGCUAUGUAUUGUGAUGAGUAAUGGGUGAAAAAUAUUAUGGCAAGUUGUCUUGUUGGAAUAACCUUCAACUGCUCUCUGAA